UGCGCACACGCCGCCUGAAGCGGAUUAACAUCAGUGAGUGAUAGAAGGCACAGCAGACGACAAAUGAGAGAGCGCGACAGUUUUGACCAGUGGCAGACGACACAGUGUGAGAGGGAAGGCUGAGCGGAGCAGACGACUGGUGUUCAGUGGGUUAGAGGAUCGUGUCAAGUGUUAGCCGUGUGUUUAGCGUAAACACAGACGAUUAGAAAAGACUUAGUCGAACACUCGGAGUAUUGGGCGCUCUGGUAGCUGUGAUAGGAGACACGGGACAUAAACCAACCAGAGGGAUUACCACAAACUCUUAUGAGUUGACUGUUGAGGAAAUGCAUGUUCUACUCAAAAUGUUCCCUCGCAACCGACUGUCAAACUCCAGAAGUGUCAAACCUAUUUGUACAUAGCGGAUCAAACAGGGUAUACAGCAUCCCGGGUUAUUUGUGAGUCGUCUUAUUUAUAGCAGAGAUUAACACCGAGGAGAGAUAUUUGCCAUAGGUAAAGUUUUUUCAAGUUACUUUGCAUCUUAGAGAGUGUCCGGAAGAAGAGAUUUGUUUGCUUCCAGUGUGAAGAGAACAGGAAUCUCCGCUAUCACCAGUUUGUGCUGAACGCAAUGCAGAGGGUUGGGAUAUAGAUUGAAGCGGCCGCAUAACACACGUGUUGCGUUCAGGAUGACAACUGAUGCCCUCUUAUAAGCUGGUAGACCGACUAGUGGCAUAAAUCCCGUAUCAUCAAGGGUGAAUAUCGGAGGAUCUGUAACUUAUCAACUACGUUCAUCUGUUACUGAAUCAACUUUCCUAACGUCAAGGCAUCUAUAGAGUCGGGACUGUUAACUGACCUCAGCAUGGAAACUUCACAUAUUAUACAGGUCGGAACAGAGUAUGUUGCUGCAACUGAGAGAAUCAAUACAGCGUUGGCAACACUGAGGAAAGAACUGACCGCAAUGCGAGAACAGGAUCUGCAGCUGCUCAGGCAGCUCAUCCACAUCAACGAGACAAUCCGGCGUCUCAGCUCGGGGCGUCGUGCCCUUCAUGAACGUUCCUCUUCCUGCGCCAUCAGGCUCAACAGUUCUCUCAACGGCUACUCUACCCUCCCUGUCAGGAAACCUCCGUUGCUGCGGCAGCAGAGUGAACCCAGGUUCUGUGUUGAGGAGAAGCAUCUCUCAAGAGCCAGUUCCACCUCCAGUGAGCAGGACACCCUAGGCUCUCAAGAAGACAUUGUGUACAGCUCUGGCAGUGAGCUCGAAGACAGUACGUCAUCUCUACGUCUUCUCAAGCAAAGGUUCCGACCACGUUCCUUCUCCUUCGUGUCUGCAGUCAGCUUCCCCGUGGACGGUCUUACAGGGGGAGACUCCACCUAUAACGAGAUCUUGAAGAGAAACAUCAGGUUGUGGAAGUGGAGUCAAGCUCAGGAUGACCAAGUGUUUGAGGAGGAGGCUCCAUCACAAGUUGAUACAGAGGCUGAGAGAUAGUAGAAGCCUGAGGACCUGCGUGCUCCGUUGUUAUCUAGAUUACAUGUAUUCUCUUCACAGAGUCAGCGAGCAAGUAAUGAAUCAGUGGAUUCCUCUGAUUGUUUGAAGUAGUAUUUGGGUCGUGUGGGUUCCAGUCCUUGUAUUGUCUGUGCGUGAAUUCGGUCAGAAAAUGGCACGACCGUCAAAUGAUUGUCCUCAAGGCUGUGACACUACUGUAGUGAUUUGAUACAUUUGAGACUGAUUGACAAAGGAGGCAGAUGGGAUGUGAAACAGUGAUGAGAAUGUCUCACCUGAGACAAUCCCUAGAAGCACCCACGGCGUAAUGACAGUGCCAUCGGUGCAUGGUUUCAGAUCCAUAAUGAGCAAAUUGACUGUUUCUGAGACCAGUGUUCGACAGGAAUAGAGGUCCAAAUGUCGGUGGAUCAAUAGCACAUAUAUACGUAACAAUGUAAUGUUUGAGACGUUGAGAGUGCAAAGUACGCCUUUCAAAGUCCGUUGAGAAACGAUAGAUAGUUGUGAAUACGGUUGUGACUGGCAGGUUAACUUGUCUUGAACAUUCGGUAGGUAACCUGAAGUAGUUGAUAUUGAAAAGUGUCCAUAAUAGAUGCGCCAAAUCGUCUGGAUAUUAACCACACUCAUUCCAGGACCACUGGACACUAUCGAGCGUUUACCUUAACCUGAAUUGUAUACGUGUGACAGUGCCUUAAUUAAAUAGAAGUCAUUUCAGUGUGCGUUUCCCACACUGUUCCCGAAAUACAAAGGAAACCAGCAAUCAGAGGUCCGGGUGAUGGGGGGAACAUGUUAAACACCACCAAUAUUUUCGAUUCUAGAAUGAAAUGAAGGUUAUCAUAUUCGACGUAGCUAUCAAGAGAUAUUCAAAAUCAACCAACAAGUAUUUUCUUCAUGAACGUAAGGAUAAAUGUUUUAUAAUUUAGUUUAGGUUUCUACCUGAGCGUAAUUUUGGGUAAUUCUUUGUACCUUUAAGGUAGCCAAAACGAAAACACCACCUGAUGACAUUUCAAUGUUAUUUAUUUUAAACAGUGAAGGCUGUCUUCUUUGUUGACCUUGAGGUUUGGAAUCCCUGCUGAUAAUAUACACUAGACAGAGCAUGCGCGUUCUCGACAACAGCCUUGAUAAGGGGCACGGGUGACCAAACCGUCUCAGGCGCCGUCAUCCGGAUUGCAGAUUUGCGUAUGUAAGCAUUCCAGAAAGCUACGAAUCCCAGAUUGGUCCUGCGUCAAGGUGUAUCAGUUCUUUGGUUUCAGCUAAGUGGCAGUAGUCUAAGACCUGGAUCAAUCGGUAUUUCCUCCCAACUCAAGCUGACAUACCGUGAGAUAAAUGAAAUCGUUUAGAGAGACGUGUGUAACAUGAUUAAAUGUGAAAUGUGAUUAUUAUGUCUGUGAUAAAUCUAGUGGCGAAAAGAUGCUGAUUAGGAAUGGAUAAGUGUAAUUAACGCAAGUGGACAAUAUCACGCCUACAUCGAGGCUCAAAAACCAAAAAUGACUUUACAUAUUAUGGAUUCGAACACAGGUCAUCGACACGACUGAACCACAUUCCUCGUUACAAACGAGAACAAUAUUGAUAUUAUUACAAACAGGAACACUGUUUACGUGAUGUGAACAAGAUCCUGUAGUAAUAUAUCAUAUCCUCUAGUGCCUAUUUAUGACUCGCGUUUAAACAAUGUCAUAUAAGGUAAUUGAUAGCCCGGAUUAUUUGAAAUAGAAAGCAGAUGACAUUAUGUUUGAUACGUUGGGUGAUAUCAAUCUGAAUUCCAUUUUUUCAAAGCCUAAAUCAACAAAACGCAAGUCAAGCAUUUUAGCUGCGUGACAUUUCCGACAGUGACCUCCAUAACAGAAAUUGCGACACUUCUGAAAGGGCAUUGCAGUUAUGUUAUCAAACCUUACCUCUUGUUGCGCGUCCUACUGUGCAUUGCAGUCACGUCGAGACUGUAUAUAAGCUCCUCCCAUCAUCCGAACCAUGUGUGGAGCUUUUGUCAUUUCCUAAGGUAAAGGUCAAAAUGGCGGACACAAUUUGUUGUACUUAUUUGAAACACUCUCCCGGCAAUAUGACCAACAAAGACAAUUUCUUGUAUUGUCAUCAUUGCGUACAUAUUAUCUUGUCGAAACAAAGUUGUAUAUUUUAUCAAAUAUCUGAGAAAGUUAUUUUACAACAAAAUGUAUAUACGAAGCAGAGUUAUAUUGGUUGCCACAAUGCUUUUUUAUUUAUAUAAACAGUUUCACCCAGUUCUUUA